AGAUCCACUUCCACAUGACCCAUAGUUUCCUUCCAAAUUUAGCCGGCUCUCUCGUGCGCUUUUGUUUGCAAGUACGAAUCCCGAAAACCCAUCACACGGACAAAUUAAUAUUUUCGAGUACAAAUUUCUAAAACCUUUCCUUAUUAAUUAAAUUAAAAUAAAUUCUUUUUUUAUUUUAUAUAGCUUAUUGUGACCCCUUCACGUAAGGAAUCGGUCAUCAUAAAAGAGGUGAUCAAUUUCAAUAAAAAUUUGUAAGGGAUUGAAGAACAUCUGGCGCUGAUAAGGGAUGGUACUGUUGCUAUAUGAUUUUCAUUUUGUUGUGGAUUAAUCAUGGUUCUAAUUGUUCACCACAAGUAGGAACAUUUACUUGGAAAAGGGGACCACAAUAUUUGGUGAGGAUGGGAACCGUGGUGGUGCUGAUAUUGGUGUCGAUGAUGAUUGUGAUGGACAAUGCGCACGCUGGAGAUACGAAUCAUGUUUUUGAUCCUUGUUCAGACACAAGAGUUCAGAGAUGGGAUGGUUUCACAUUUGGCCUUGUUUUUUCUUCUAAGGAAUCAUUCUUCUUCAAUGAAUCUCAGCUCUCUCCAUGUGAUCGUCGCCUCUCCCUUUCUGGAAAUUCUGCUGAACUCGCUGUUUUUAGGCCCAAAGUGGAUGAGAUUUCACUCCUCACAAUCAAUAGCACCAACUUCAAUCCUAGCAAAUCUGGUGGUUCUAUGGUUGCCUUUUCUGGACGCAAGUAUGCUGCUCGAUCAUUGCCUGCUUUUGUGGCAGACAGUACUCACACCAUUACAAGCUUCACUCUAGUGCUUGAAUUUCAAAAGGGCACCCUCCAAAACUUGUUUUGGAAGAAAUUUGGCUGCGAUUCGUGCAAAGGAGAUUCUUUUGUUUGCCUCAACAAAACUGAUUGUGCAGUCCCCAAUAAUAAGUGCAAUGGCAAUGGAGGAUCCAUUGACUGCAACGUCAGCAUACAAUUGGCCUUUUCAGGGACAGAUAAGAAUGAAGAUGUGCUGAACUCUUGGUAUGAGGUUAAAAACCUCAGGCAAUACUCCCUCUAUGGUUUGUUUCAAGAUGUUAGUGAUUCUCUCGCGAGUCCUCUUAAGAACCUGUUUUAGGACCACACAACGAGUUCUUGUUUAUAUAAUCACCAUAAGAUUUCCUUUGUGCUUGUCCAUGUAACUACAAUAUAUAUUUCCUACUUCUGUUGAAUAACUUGGUGAUUACUACAUAGAAUCCAGGCUGUUUUUGCUUGUACAGAUCUCCCUCAAAGACAUUUUGUUGUUUAAAGUUUCUCAUUGUUUAUCA